AUGGCUUCUCACCUGGACAACGCGCUUCUUCAACUCUCGAUUGAAGAAGAUGAAGAACCCUUUGUGCUUCCUGAUCAUCCGGAGUAUUACUCAACGGGUAGGAACGCACUUAGCUUGGUGGGCAGAUUAUUAAACCCUCAGUGUCAGGAUAUGGCAGAUUUGAUUCUCAACAUGCCUCGGAAGUGGAAGUUGUAUGGUAGAGUGAGAGGAGUGGCUCUCACCCGUGAAAAGUUCCAGUUUAUUUUUACUCACGAGCAUGAUAUGCUUGACGUUCUUAACAAAGGCGUUCACACUCACAAUCUGUGGCCCAUCGUCUUGGAAAGAUGGGUUGAGAAACCUCCUGAAGAUUAUCUUCAGUUUAUCAUGGUAUGGGUUCAGAUGAGGAACAUCCCGAUAAACCACUACACGAAGAAAGCCUUAUGGUCCUUAGGAGAUUUUGCGGGUCAAGUAGUGGAGGUUGCUUUUGAUCCAGACAAGCCGCAAAUCAAAGAGUAUGUAAGGGUGCUUGUACGUUUCGAUGUUUCAAAACCUCUCCGAAGAGCCAAGAAAGUAACAACGCCGGGUGGUGACACUGUGAACAUCCUGUAUGAUUAUGAAAGGAUUCAGAAACGGUGUUAUACGUGUCAGCGACUAACUCAUGAACAACUUUCGUGCCCUAUCUAUAGGAGUACAAAGAUGUUGAAUGAGAAAUCAUCAGGAUCAUCUGCAGAGAGUAUGUCUCAGGAGAUCAAUGAGGUUUUAGAGGAAUCUGAUCCGCUGUUUGGACUUAUUCCAGAUCAUCUCUUAGGUUUUGAUGCUUUGUCUGGAAAACCUAAGAUUGCUAAGGAAGUUAUGGAGGAUAUGCGACUUUACUUGCGAGCUGCUGAAGGUGCAGAGAGAUUAGCAAGAGAAGAAAGAGUUAAGAAGUCUUUUGGUGAUUUGGAGAAUGAUCCAGUUGGUCAGAAGACUUUCUUAAGAUUAGAGCCUCCUCCGUCUGUCACUAAGAUUCUGGAUAAAGGAAAGGGUCAUGUCUAUGAUUUCGGAGCUCAAGAGGUGAAGACUCCUAGACCUGAUAAGCUGAUGGCAAAUGCUAUUUCUGCGGGAACCAAAACUCUUCAAUCUGGAAAAGUGGUAUCUGCCAUGCCUCUCUUGAUGGUUCAUUCUGAUUCUAGUCUCCCUGAAUUUUCUGCUCAGAGUUCAACGGGUUAUAGUGCUGGUUCUUUCGUAACCAGUGCUUCCGGGACUCCGAUAAAGAAACCUAAGGGUAGGCGAAGACCUGGUACUUUCAUCAGAAAGGCUAAUGGCAAGGGUACAUUAAAGGCAGAUGCGAACAGAGGUUCUAAGUUUGGAGAAGGUGUCUUCACUGAUUCGAAGAGGAAAGCAAAGGAAGAUGUCGAGCCAUCUCAAAGCUCUGCAAGGUUUAAGAAACCAUUUGUGGUCCCAAUUGAGGGACCGUCCAAUAUCUAA